AUGGCAGACACAAGCUCCAGACGUGUCGCCGAGGUUCUUUUAGAGCCUACAGGCUUGAAGAUCACAUCCUUCCAAGAGAUCCAAUCGCUGUGGGCAGGAUACGGCCAUAUCUGCGCCCUCACUGCAAAACCAAAGGACGCCGAAACAGCUGGCAGAGUGCGCAAGUACCUGCAUGCAGCCGAGUCAAACAAUACCUUCUUUCUCAUUCUCAAGCUUAUAUCGCCGCCACCUGGGCCAACGGAUGAAGGUCAUCUGCGCAAGAUAUUGAGUUACGACGUUGAGCAGUAUUUCUACGAACAUGUUGCUCCUCAGUUGGAUGAUGACGUUGCAGUAGCCCAUUGUCUGACGUCGAGUUGGAAGUCUAAGCAUGAGGAUGGAGAGUUACGGAGCCUCACUGCUACAAUUCUUACCGAUUUGAGAGUCAAGUUCCCUGUAGAAGGAGGGAAGCGAUCUGUUCUGAGUCCGCGACAAGUUCAGUCUGCUCUGGAAUGGUUGGCAAGGUUUCACAGCAACUCGUGGAAAUUUCUACCUGUGAAUUUGGACGAGUAUCUCCUCCCGCCGCUGGAGGAGUUCAAACGACGAGAUGCAGGUGGCGCUGCAGGAAACAAGUUAUGGCUGAAUGGAGGAUACACCUACCUUGCGACUCGACGCACAGAGUACAAGUCACUCGCUGGCGAUACAUACUCCGAGUGGUCAGAUGCCUUCUGCGGGCCUUUUCAAGGAUCGGAUAAGUCUGCUGCAGAAGUGGUAGCUGACUUCCUCACACCAACCGGUCGACCCUUCGAGACACUCAUCCACGGCGAUGUCAAGUCUGAAAAUCUCUUCACUACCGAGUUAGGGGAUGAUGUCUGCUUCUUCGACUUUCAGUACGUCGGUCUUGGGCUUGGAGUCUGCGAUUUGGCCAAGCUGUUCACAUGCUCUGUCCCUCUCGACAUGCUAACCGACUGUCCAUCUUUACCUCAAGAAAUGGACAUGGACCGUGGUGAAAAGGCUUUGUUGUAUCUCUACCAUGAGACAUUGCUGAGUCGUCGACCUUCUGACAAGGAACCUUUGGAUUAUGAUUGGGACACUCUCGUUCGACACUGGGAGUGUGCUCUUGUUGAUUGGUGUCGCUUCCAAGCAUCUUGGGGAUUCUGGGGAAACACGGAGUGGCUUGAGGCGAGAGUUAGACAUAUUCUUAAAGACGCUACGUGGAGAGAGUGGUUGCAGAAGGAGGUUUCUGAUACCGGAGGGUCUUCAAGCAUAUAG